AUGGGUGGGGCUAACCUUCCCGUCAUCAUGAACGACACUUCCUAUUCUGCGCUCAGCGCUUGGAAUUCUUCUGUACGCACCCUGGCACGGAUCUUGUCUUUCUAUGUGGAGACGAUUUUUGAGCUGAUCCGAGUGUCGAACAAGGAUUUCGGAUACCUGGUGGAGAUCGCACGAUCGAAUUUCCCAACCGACGGGCGAGACUUCCAGCUCCCUCGCCGACGAUUCUGGAGCAAGCGAAUCGAGGUGGACACCCAGAACCUCUGGCUGCCACGUGGGGGCAACGAGACGGGCACGCUGCUCGUUUCGGUCUCGCGCGUUCAGGUGGGUGUGCCCAUCCCUUCCAGCGCACUGCGCUUCUUGGGCAACACCUUCGCCAAAAACAUCCUCGUCAAUGUCAAGCGUGGGUGCGCGUUGAGUUCGGACGAAACCAGCCCAUGGCACAAGCGCAUACAACGGGAUGCCGAUGGCUUCUAUGCGGAGCUUCGGGAAGUUGAGGCCGCGGCAACACAUCACCGAUCCCUGUCUGUCACGGACUUGCCCAGCGAGGAGAUUUUUGAUCGGCCCUGGCACCUGAGCCAAUGA